AUGGCAAUAUGGGAUAAUGAGAAAGGCAACGUGAAUGCCUACCACUCCUGCUCCUCAUCGCACGGGGUGAGCAGACGAUUAAACAGCCGCUCUGAUUCGCUAAUGGAUACACGAUCCAGCCCCCAAGCCCGAGGAGGGUGCAAGAAGGUCACAGUGUGUAUGAUAAGAAGCAGGAGCUGGGUCCAGAAAGCCAGGGCUACAGAGCUCCAGCAGCUUUGUGAAAUCUUCUGCCUGCAGGAACAUAGUGAGGUCACCUGGAUGCGUCAGAAGUGGGAAAUGGAGCCCCUGACCUUUGAGGAUGUUGCUGUGAACUUCACCCUGGAAGAAUGGGGCUGUUUGAAUCCUUCCCAAAAGAAGCUCUACAGAGAAGUGAUGCUAGAAACGUAUAGCAACCUGUCCUACAUAGGUAAAAAAGAAGAAAAUGAAAAUAUUGAAGAGGACUUCAGGAACCCCAGAAGAAAUAUGAGUAACCUAUAUAUUCAUGAAAGAAUUCACAGUGGAGAAAAACCCUACGGAUGUAAGCAGUGUGGGAAAGUUUUCACAAAAGCCUCUUACCUUGUAAUUCAUGAAAGAACCCACAGUGGAGAGAAACCCUAUGCAUGUAAGCAGUGUGGGAAAGCUUUUAAUCAAGCCAGUCACCUUCGGAGACAUAGUAGAAUUCACACUGGAGGGAAACCCUAUGGAUGUAAGAAAUGUGGGAAAGUUUUUGCUCAAGUCAGUUACCUUCGAAUUCAUGAAAGAACUCACAGUGGAGAGAAACCCUAUGCAUGUAAGCAAUGUGGGAAAGCCUUUAUUCGAGCCAGUGAACUUCAGAGACAUAGUAGAACUCACACUGGAGAGAAACCCUAUGUAUGUAUGCAAUGUGGGAAAGCCUACCGUUAUUCCAGUAACCUUCGUAUUCAUGAAAUUGCUCACACUGGAGAGAAACCCUAUGGAUGUAAGCAGUGUGGGAAAGCCUUUAAUCAAGCCUGUUACCUUGUAAUUCAUGAAAGAACCCACAGUGGAGAGAAACCUUAUGGAUGUAAGCAGUGUGGGAAAGCCUUUAAUCAAGCCAGUUACCUUCAGAAACAUAGUAGAACUCACAGUGGAGAGAAACCCUAUGCAUGUAAGCAAUGUGGGAAAGCCUUUAAUCAAGCCAGUUACCUUCAGAGACAUAGUAGAACUCACACUGGAGUGAAACCCUAUAUAUGUAAGCAAUGUGGGAAAGCCUACCGUGAUUCCAGUAACCUUCGUAUUCAUGAAAUUACUCACAAUGGAAAGAAACCCUAUGGAUGCAAACAAUGUGGGAAAGUUUUCAUAUAAGCCAGUUACCUUCAAAUUCAUGAAAGAACUCACAGUGGAGAGAAACCCUAUGGAUGUAAGCAGUGUGGGAAGUCCUUUAACAACAACAGUCACCUUCAGAGACAUACUAGAACUCACACUGGAGAGAAACCUUAUGAAUGUAAGCAGUGUGGGAAAGGCUUUAAUCAAAACAAUCACCUUCAGAAACAUAGUAGAACUCACACUGGAGAGAAACCCUAUGGAUGUUAGCAAUGUGGGAAACUCUACACUGAUUCCAGUAAUCUUCGUAUUCAUGAAACAACCCACACUGGAGAGAAACCCUAUGGAUGUCAGCAAUGUGGGAAGUUCUUCACUAGUGUGUGUUACCUUCAAUAUCAUGAAAUAAAUCACACUGAAGUAAAACCCUGUGGAUGUAAGCAAUGUGGGAAAGUUUUCACUCAUGCUAGCUACCUUCAAAUUCAUGAAAGAAUUCACAGUGGAGAGAAACCUUAUGGAUGUAAGCAAUGUGGGAAAGCCUACACUGAUUCCAGUAACCUUCAUAUUAGUGAAAGAACUCACACUGGAGAGAAACUCUGUGGAUGUAAGCAAUGUGGAAAAGAUAUCAAUCAACGCACCCACCUUCAUGUGCACAGAGGUGCUCACACCUUAUGUAUAUAUGCAAUGUGA